UGAAACCUGCCCAACGAUCGUAGGCAGGAGGCGGUUUCUUGUUUGUUGGGGCGUGAGUAAUUGAGUGUGUGUGUGUGUGUGUUUGUGUGUGUGUCUGUGUAUUUGAAGGUACUGAAGGGGUCCGUGGGGGGCGCGAAACAGAAUCGACCAUGGCAGCAGCGGAAGAAGAGGACGGGGGCCCCGAAGGGCCAAACCGCGAGCGGGGCGGGGCGGGCGCGACCUUCGAAUGUAAUAUAUGCCUGGAGACCGCUCGGGAGGCUGUGGUCAGUGUGUGUGGCCACCUGUAUUGUUGGCCCUGUCUCCAUCAGUGGCUAGAGACCCGACCAGACCGACAAGAGUGUCCAGUUUGCAAAGCUGGCAUUAGCAGAGAGAAGGUUGUCCCUCUUUAUGGGCGAGGGAGUCAGAAGCCCCAGGAUCCCAGAUUGAAAACUCCACCCCGCCCCCAGGGCCAGCGACCAGCUCCUGAGAGCCGAGGGGGGUUCCAGCCGUUUGGUGACACCGGGGGCUUUCACUUCUCCUUUGGCGUCGGUGCCUUUCCCUUUGGUUUUUUCACGACUGUCUUCAAUACCCAUGAGCCUUUGCGCAGGGGCGCAGGUGUGGAUCUGGGACAGGGUCACCCGGCCUCCAGCUGGCAAGAUUCCCUCUUCCUCUUCCUCGCCAUCUUUUUCUUUUUCUGGCUGCUCAGUAUUUGAGCUGUGUCUCUUUCCUGCCCACCUCCAGCCAGAGGAGAAUCAGUAUUGGGGGUCUCUGAUGACCCUUCCCUACUUCUGGACUUGCCCCUCCACAAUACCUCCAUUUCUGUUGGCUAAGCCAGCCCUGCCACCCCUCCGGAGGGAGGGUGUGGGGGAGGAGUGACAACUGUGCUUAGUACUGCCCUGCUCAGUACUGCUUGCUCCAUACCAUGUUAACUCCCAGUCCUAGGAGAGAUGGGUAGAGUGAAGACAAAUGAUGUCCCCUUCUCCUUUCUCCCUGUUUUCCCUGCGUUUCUUGAUUUGAUGUUGAAAGGUGGGCUAGGCUCCCUCUGACUCUUCCCUUACUCCUUUGUUGAUUUAAUUUAAUUUUUCUCUCCCCAGUGUCUAAUAUGAAUUCUGACUUUAAAUGCUCCCCAUCCACCCCUCACUACCUCCUUUAUUACAAACUCAAUAAAAAAGGUGAAGUAUACUGAUGGUAA